GAAAGUUACGAGACUAAGGAGAUGUCUUCUGAGGAAACAUUGAGCAUUGGAGGGAGCGAGGAAGUAAGGAUGCUGGAGUAUAGUGAUGUAAGUGUUGAGGAAGAGGUGCCUGUCAAUAUAUUGGAAGUGGGAGAUAGGAGUGAUAAGUUUUACGAUAGUGGGGCAGACAUUGUGUCUGAGGUAAAGGGGUAUGAGUCUGAGCUCAAGACUGAAAUGGACAAGCUUCUGGGUGCUGCUAGGGUGGCUAUUCCCAAGAAGCCGAGGAAGAAGUCUAAGACUUUGGAGAAAGCUGCAAGUGGGAAAGGAGAUGGUAACACGGAGAAAGGGCAAAUGUCAAGUACAGAAGCCCGAGCUGCAGAGGAGGUGGAGCUAAGGUCCAAAAGGAAGAGGGAUGAAGUGGAUCAAGCUCAAAAGAAAAAGAGGAGAGUGGAGGAUGAGGUCAGGGGGGACGAGGUAGUGGAAUUCGUACCUCGGCCUGCGCCUGUUGAGCUUGAUCCGGACCUUAGAGAGACCGAGGUCCUUGGCCCUGGCAAGGGUAAAGCGUUUGUUCCCUCACCUUCUCUCCAAAGCAGCAUUUUUGGGAACAAUAACUUCUCCACGGUGAAGAAUUUCAUCAACACCUAUGUGCCUGAGGUGGAUCGCCGUAAAGCGAGGGAGGAAGCCUUGGUACAUGGAGGGACCUCAGUUGUGAGGCAUGCUUUGGAGGAGCGCAACAUCCUACAGAAGGAAAGGGAUGAGCUGUUGAAGAAGAACGGGGAAAUGAAGAGGGAACUGGAUAUCGUGGUACCAACGGUGACAAGCUUACAAGAGGAGAGAGACACACUGAAGACAAUUCUCUCAUUCGAAGAGAAGAAAAGGAGAAUGUGCGAAGAAGAGAAUGAAGCACAAGAGGAGGAAAUAAGAAGGAUGAGAGAAUCCGAAGUGGAACUCAAAAAGAAUGUCCAACUGUUGGUCCACAACGGGAUGAAAGAGCAUAUCAGCAACUUUAUCAACUCCAGCUUGUUUGAGAACAUCGUCAAUCUCUACCGGCUACCGACUACAAUCCUCGCCUUCAUUGAUUGCAAAAAGAAGGUUAAAACUAAGUAUCCUGAAGUGGAUAUUACCAAAAUCACCUUCGACAAACAAGAGGAAGGGGUGGAGGAGAACAAGCGAAAGCAUGUCAAUAGAUUUCCGACCUCAGUGGAGGAAGAGGAAAGAGAAGCAAAAGGGGUUGAAGUUGAGGAAAGUCAGCCAUCUCCUCCUAUGGAGGUGCAUCUAGUUCCCUCUGAAGAAGAGCAGCCACCUUUUCCAACAGAGCAGGAGCCACCCCAGCCAUCUCAUCCAGCGGAAUAGUUUAGGGAUUUUUUAUUUUUUUGAUUUAUGUAUUUAGGUUUUGAACGAUGAUUAGUGUACAGAUUUUUUGAUUAAUUUAAAGAAAAUUUUUUUAAAAUU